UUGACCGGCAUUUUGAGAGAAAAGAAAGGGCCUUUCCGACAAAAUACUGGUUUAAUUGAAUCUGAGCCGUCUGGUACCAAUCGAACGGCUAGAAGCUUCCACGUGUCAAGUGUUUAGAUCCUCUCGUCCCUUCCAUCCACGUCGCAAACCCCAUGGCGCUUGCGGUUCGCCUCCUCGGCCGCCGCCGCCUCCUCCCGCCGCCGCUCGCCGGCGCCGUCGCCCACCUCUCCGCCGCGACCCAAAGCCCCAGCCACCACCACCAGAACCGCCUCCCACCUCCCGCUCCCACGCUGCCGUUGCCCCCUCUCGUGCUCCCCCCUUUCGCCGUCCCCGCGCGAAGCUUCUCCUGGUACUCCCGGUCUGCCCCCGGCCCUGGACCGGACGCUGCGGAAGCUCCCUUCGAGGGUGCGUGCACCGAGAAGGAAAGCAUCUACUUGGAUGGCGUGCAUAUCGUUGAUGACGGGAAAGGGGCCGCCAGCGCGGUGGGUGCUGCGGCGGAUGCCGUGGGAGAGGCCGCCGCCACUGCCGACGGCGUCGUGGGCGUGUCGGGUUUGGCUACUAGCACGGUGGUCGACCUCAUCGACGGGUUCCAUAGCCUUACCGGACUACCAUGGUGGAUAACAAUUUCCUUAUCGACUGUGGCCAUGAGACUAUCGAUACUUCCUGCCCUGACAUUACAGCUUCAGAAGACUGCUAAAAUUGGUGAACUAUUCCGAAAAUUGCCACCUCCAUUACCCCCUCCUCUAUCUGGAAGGAGCUUCCGUGACCAAUUCUCUCUCUUCCAGAAGAAAAGGAAAGAGCUUGGUUGCCCUUCCUUUCUUUGGAAUUUCGCCUAUUUUUCAGUACAGUUCCCUUGCUUCAUUCUUUGGAUGAUGAGUAUCCGGAGUAUGUGCUUGAAUAACCACCCUGGAUUUGAUAAUGGUGGUACUCUGUGGUUUCAUAACCUGACUGAGUUUCCGCAUGGUGCUUUAGGUCCUGUCUUUCCUAUCUUAGUUGCUGGUCUACAUUAUUUAAAUGUUCAGAUUUCUUUUCAAGGGUCCCAGAUCAAGAACCAUCCAGGAAUUUUCGGCUUGCUGGCGAAGUACUAUAAGAUAUAUCUUGAUAUCCUGGCUAUCCCAUUGUUUCUUAUCGCAUAUGUGGUUCCUCAGGGAAGCCUGGUCUACUGGACUACAAAUGGUUUAUUUAGUGUAGCUCAGCAAUUGUCCCUUAGAAAUAAUGCUGUCCGCAAGAAGUUGGGAUUGCCAGAUACUAGAGGUCAUCUUGGUUACAGAGCAGAAAAGUCUCCUACUCCAAAUUUUAUACUGGAGGGUAUGGAAGGAAAUAUAUCCGAGUCCAGUUCACCCGAGGAGCUUCUUGAACAAGCAUUACAGUAUUUUGGAACUGGCCGCCGAGAUCAAGCUAUUCCACUGAUCAGAACAGCAAUAGAGAAAAACCCAGAUCUGUGUACAGCAUUGAUUGGAAUGGGACAGACCCUGUUCUCGAACAGGUUGUUUCCUGAAGCCGCGGAAUGUUUUGAACAUGCUAUACCAAAGAUUCAAGAACAUGAUCCACUUCUUGUGCUUGCACACUUUGGGGCAGGUAUUUCACAUGAACGGCAGGGCGAUAACGAGAUGGCAAUCAAACUCCUGCAGAGAUUAGCAGAGCUCAAGGAGCCAGAAAAACCCAUUAACAAAACAUGCUAUUUCAGUGGGAUGGUUCUUCUAGGAAGUAUAUUAUCCAAAGAAGGUCGGAAUUCUGAGGCUGCCAAAUACCUGCGGAUGGCUAUUGCUUAUGAUCCUUCUAUUGAAAGACUUCUUAAGGAAUGCGAGGAAGGAAUAGAUGAUCAGACCAAGUCAGCGGAACAGUGACUUACCGGGACCUGAAAAGGCCAUAGGCAGGCAAAACUGAGAUGGCGUACUACUUUCCUUUUGGCAUUUGAAUGAUCGCAUGAUCAAGCGGAUCAUGCACUAGCCUCAUCAGCGUUUGAAGUGUCACCCAACUUAUGAUGAUCUUCCUCUAAAUAAUACUCCAUCUCUAAAGUGUCUCUC